AUGAACCUUCGCCCACAAAUGCUGGGGGCUGUCUUCCACAACCAUUACACUGACAUCCCUCGCGCAUCGCAUUGCGGAAUCAUUUGGGAGGUUCGUGUGGGAGAUGAUGUUCCUGUGACGGUGACCCCUGUAAAGCCCAAGUACUAUCUUCUUGGCACCCUGACUGUGAAGCAAAGGCAUGCAGUCAAGCUGUGCUAG